AUGUCGUGUCUGUCGCCAGAUGCCUCAAGCACAAUAACCUCCCGACCAAAACUCACCCUCCAAACCACCUCUCUUCCUCGCACGUUUGGCACUUCAACCACUGGCCUAUCCUUUUCCUUCGCAGCAGCGCCAGCGUCAUCCCCCACUGUUCGAAAUACCUUCAAGAAUGCCUAUGAAGUCGCAUCCCCGUCAUCCGCAACUUCUCCCACCAAACCCUCCCGCUACAACAAACCGUCCUCCCCCUACAUACUACACCCGAACAAUAAUAUCUUCAACCACCGAAGUCCCUACCAACUCCCCAUCGGAGUGCGCAGCAUUCUACGAAACUCCCCACUAGAACCUUCCGCCCGGCGACGAUCAGGCUCCAUAUCAGCGGGCGGGAAUGGGCCCAACGGCGCAGGCACCCGUCGCGUCUUUUUCCCAGCAAAGAAACAAGUCAGCUACCGGUACCCACUGGAAGAAGAAAUUCGCACAGAACGCUACACUGCGCAGCAUCUCGAUCUUGUGACGGAGGAGGAGGAGGCAGUGCAAGCCGAGGCAGACACCAAUUCCAAUUCCCCAUCUGAGACACGCCCCGCCCCCUUCCAGAACCUCGAAGGCGAAAAAGAGACCUCCGAUUCUAGCCCCUCAUUAUCGGAGACAAGUACCUCGGAUGACACUAGUGCCGAUGAAGGCGUGCGCGGGUCCUCGCUCUCAAAGAUGGAGCGCAAAAAACGUCGCACCAUGCGGACAGAGCGACAGGUUCGCGCGGUGGCUCUGCUGGAUGGAUUUGAGGCUGAUGGCUCGUCUACGCCGCAGACUCCAAUGCAGGGUCGGGCUAAGCGCCGCAGGGAAUGGAAAUGGACUCUUGGGCCGGUCGAUCUGUCUGGCGAUAAGGCCUCGAAUGAUUUUGGGUCCGAGAAUGUCUCAUUGUUGCACGCGGCUCAGGGCAACUCGGGAUCUGAGACUCUCCGAGUCUCCACCGACUUUGCGCCCAGUCAUUAA